AUGAGCGCACCAACCAACCCACCGCAGCCCGCAGGCCUGAUAACAUCCUCUCCCCACACCCUCCAAAACUUCGAUCUCACCGCGCCUAUCCUCCGCUUCGACUUCCCAACGCCCGCUGCCCAAGCAACCUUCCACCGCGCCUUCCUGCAAGUGCGCAACGAAAAGGACAAAGCAGCUUUCAUGCAACGUUUCUUCGAUAACUACGACGGCCAAGUCUCCAUACCUCGGCGUGUCAUCAUGGAUACGAGCCGAGAUGAAGAAGUCGCGAGGAGGCUGCAGGAGAGUCUGCCGGUGGAGGUAGAUACGGGGAGGGAUGAGCAGAUGGCGAGACAGCUGCAGGAGCAGAUGGAGCAGAUGACCAGGGGUGGUUUCGGACGAGCUGGUAGAGGUCCGGUUGAUGGAGGACAUGGUCGGAUGGACGGACGAAACGACAGCACGAACGGUAGAGGAUAUGGUGGUGGAAGCAGAGGCGUACCCGUGAACGACGAAGACGAAGCGUACCGCGCAAGGAGACGAAUCGAGCGUCAAAGGGAGAUGCAGGAAUGGGCGACCGCGGCGCAAGGAUGGACGAACGCGGCUGACGGAGCCUACACCAACGUUAUGGAAGGACUUAGACACCAAUUUAGACGGGCGGGCCUUCAAGAUCCCGGUGCGUAUCCUGGACAACCUGGAUAUGGCAACGCGCCUUCUCGACGAAAUUUUCGACUACCGUCUCGUCGCUCUGAGAACCAGGAGGAUGAGUUUGAGGGCCAUCAUGGCAAUGGGGGGCAGGGCUAUCCAGGAUAUGGUCAAGGUAACGGAGGGUAUGGCUACGGCUACGACCCGCGCAGAGAUCACUGGGGUCAUUGA